AUGGUUGAGCCCCUAGGUGUAGAUGUCUUGACGAGGAUGACGACGCAAUUAGACGAGAAGUCGCGGGACGACAGUUCAUGUGACGAUGCUUCCGCCUACAUUCAAGCAAACAAUUCGCAUUUGUCGACGUCAUUUGAGUUACUUCGGUAUGAAGAGAAUGACGCCAACGAUGUUCGGAACGGUUCGAAAAAGAAGGAAGUGAUCUCUUGGUUACAUUCUUGUCGUCGUGGGAAGUCGACGAAGAAAAUGAUGGUAUGUGGGACGUCGUCCGAAGAAGUGGUGAAGGGUUGGUUGAAGGAAUCAAACGUCCACGCUGAAAUCAAAGACUUCGACAACUUCAUUUCGACCACAGCGAAAGAGUUUAAGGCAGACGUGUUAGGGUUUUAUAUCGUCAAACUCGAGUCUAUCGACUUUUUGAUCGACAGAAUCGGAGACGUGGAACACUUGAAAGCACAGAACGUCAUAUUCUGUUGUAACUCAGUUAAGAGGUGCCCAAACAACCAAGGCGAUAGAUUCUCUAAAAUCAUCAAGAAGAUCGUAUUGAAGUAA